AUGGAUCAACACUCGCGGAUUAACAAUGAUGAAGGUGCCACAAGUGGUGGUACCCCUGGAUCAUGCCCUCUAACCACAUUCCUACAGCCUGCAGCAUUUGAAUCAGUGCCUCCGCCAUCGUCAGCCGGUGCCGCCUUCCUUCCAGUUCCAGCUUCCCAGGGCGCUGUAGCCUACCCAGCCACCAUUCUGUCGUCGUUCUCCAACCAGCGAUCCUCACAGGCUAACGCUUUUGAAGCAGUUACAAAUGUUGGUACCCCUGCAGCACUUGCCCUAACAACAUACAAUCACCAACCCGAAGCACUGGCGUCAGUGCCUCCGUCGUCAUCAGCUGGCGCCACCUUCCUUCCAGCUGCAGGCUCCCAGGGUGGCGGUGCUGCCUACCAAGCUUCCAUCCCGGUGCCGCUGUCGAGCCAGCACCAAGCCGCGUUCCAGAAGCUCCAGCAGCUCCAGCACCACCAGCUGCAGUACCAGCAGCAGCAGCUCCAGGCUUUGUGGGCCGGCCAGCUGGUGGAGGCCGAGCAGGCUACGGACCUCAAGGUCCACAACCUGCCCCUGGCGCGGAUCAAGAAGAUCAUGAAGGCCGACGAGGACGUCAAGAUGAUCGCCGCCGAGGUGCCUGUGGUGUUCGCCAAGGCCUGCGAGAUGUUCAUCCUGGAGCUCACGCUGCGGUCGUGGCUCCACGCCGAGGGGACCAAGCGCCGGACGCUGCAGCGGAGCGACGUCGCCGCGGCGAUCAUCGCGAACGAAUUUUUUGAUUUCCUGAUGGAUGUCUCUCCGACGGAGGAGCAGAACGGGGACGGAGUUGCGCCGCCGCAGCCACAGACGACGACCAUGUCGGCCACCUUUCCGAUGCACGUCCCCUUUCCGAUGUAUGGAAACCAGCAGCCUUUGACGUUCAUGUGGCCGCCGACGGAGUACCAGCAGCAGCAACGCCAACAACAGAAUUCUGAUGGUGGACAAGCCGAGUAA